CAUUUGUCCGGUAUAUUAAUGAGUUUAUAUAACUGCCGUGUUAGAAGUAAAUAAAUCUUAGUCCCUAUUUUCGGUCCAAACUGGACCGAAACUGUGACAAUCCCUCUUCCUUCCCUUGGUUUUCCUAUAAGAGUAAUAGCGUGAUUUGUUGAAAGACACCAAGUAUUGAAAUCAAGAAAGAACACAUACACACACAUACACCCCAAAACAUAGUUAUACAUGGAGGCAUACCAAAAGAUUGCAAUUUUGGUUAUUUUGUUGGUAGCCAAUGCCAACAAUCUUCAAGUGUGCUAUGCUCAAACCAUCUGCAACAUGUCCGGGGCGGAUCUCAUGGCAUGCAAGCCGUCGGUGACGCCUCCGAAUCCGACCCCACCAUCGCCGCAGUGUUGCUCGGGACUUUCGCGUGCUGACUUGCGCUGCCUUUGCUCCUACAAGAACUCAAAGCUCUUGCGUUCCCUUAAAAUUGAUCCAAACCUUGCUUUGCAGCUCCCUGAUAAGUGCAAGCUUCCUCACCCAGCCCAGUGCUAGAAUAUUGGGCAACCAUCUGCUAUGGUGAAGUGAUAAACUGUUGAACUCUUACUACUCUAUCUAGUUAUGUUAUAAGGAAUUAUGGUGUCGAGUUCGGCACCACAAUUAAGGUUUCUAAGUUCCCUUUUGUUAUGUAAUGAUGCACUUGUGCCUAUGGCCUAUAAACCUGUACUACACUAUAUAUGAAUCACUCUCUUUCUCUCUCUCUCUCUCU